AUGUGGGCGAAGAGACCCUUUCACAAGGCCAAGCGGCCCUCGAUCAGCGGCCCCGUUUGGGAUAAUAACCACCCGCCCACGACGUCACUGCCAGAUUGCGAUCUGGUUUCCAAGCAGUUACCAGUUGUGUCCAAUGACUCACGACUGGGCCCUGUCCCGUAUGAUGGGAUUAAAAGGCACUCGGACAUUUCGCCCGCUGUCUCGCCGAUCCUGGAAUCUGAUCGGCGUUAUAGCCAAAGCAGCUUUUGUGUCUCGCCCAUUGGCGAAGGAGGCCAAUUUUCUCGUGCGCCACAGGAGGAUCGGCGCUUGUCAUCCGCUCCUAUUGUCAAAACAGAAAAAGAUGAUACACCCUAUCAAUCCCAACUGCAGCCUGUUCAGCCCGUUCAGCCCGUUCAGCCCGUUCAAGAAUCUAGGCGGUUCAUCUCGGGGAAAUUGACCCGCUGGGAUGAUUUCUCGGGCGAACCACUCUUACCAAAUGAUACUGGCAGAAUUAGCCCACUCCCUCUCCGCGAGAAUGUCUCGCGCAAUGAGAUCAAGCCCUCGGGAUCCUAUACCAACACCUUGAAUUGGAGAGACCAGUUGAAUCCAAAGAGGACUCUCAAUGCAGCCCGGAACCGCAUCAGCAGUCUCUCAAAACCCGAAGAUCAUGCUCCAAAGGAAACCAGAAGUAGAUCUUCGUCACGUGUGCUUCCCUUCGAAGAGCAUUCCAGCAGGCGCAAGCGUGCAUCGGACGUAACUCCACAGCUCGAUCCUUUUAACUUUGCCCCUUCGGUAGUGACAACCAUCACCGCCGGUGGACCGGUGCCUCCACCUCCGAGACUGUCACCGGAGCCUGCACCUCGCCAUCUGCAGGAGAGCACACCAAUUUUGGAGUUCGAGCACGAGAAUAGCGACAUGCUGUUCACAAGCAAUGAACCCGCGAGUCGAUUCAGCACGACUACAUACACAGCUACCGAGCCUGGAAGUCGAGAUGCGAGCCCGCGGGAGAGCAUGCAGCUCGAGAACCGGUCUGUCGACGAUGUCUCUACGUCCUCCAUCAUGGAACGACGCCGCCCAAUCCCCUCCAGUAUGCCGACCUCGAAGAAGCCCGUGCGAAAGCCGACCCCGUCUCAGGUCGCAGAGCAGGUCGCGCAGAUGCCCGUGCAGCCUGUCUCAACUCCCGAAGUGCCACUGGGUGCCCAAGGCCGCAUUGAAGCCAUGGAGAUGAAGCGGGAUGAACUCUUCCAGCGCAGGUCGACGCUGGAGACUGUGAUUCUUGAAUUGUCCAAGGCGAUCCAGCCGACCUCGACUGUGUAUGAUCUCGCUGCCAGAGCGGAGGUUCAGAAGAGCCUCAAGAGCAUGGAGAGCGAGAUUGCGGAUGUCAGGAAGGAGGAGCACGAGCUUGGUAUGAAAAUCACUCGUGCGUGGCGCCGGCUGGAUGAGAAAGAGAAUGCCGGAGAUGGUAAUAAUCUCUGGGUGAAGCGAGUCACUAGCUAA